AUGCCUUCCAAAGUACUAUCUGACACCGACCAAAUUAUCACCUCUCUCGAUGCAGUGGAGCCUGAGGUAUUUAGCGGAAACGAGGUAGAACGCCUCAAAGUACGUGCAGCAGCUCGCCGCCUACUUGCCAGGGUUGAAACGCCUUACGAACGCGCUUGGGGAUUCUGUUUUGAACACCCUGCCGUUUUUGCUGCUUUACAAACUUGCAUUGAUGUAGGCCUGUGGAAAUCCUGGACUAUGGUGGGAGGUGGCAAGAAGACCAUCGACGAGCUAGUGGAACUUACCAGUCCAAUUGUGGACACAAACUUGCUCCGUCGGUUGUUCCGUUUGCUAGCGGCAUUCAAUGUCAUUGAGGAGACAUUGGAAGACACAUUCAAACCAACCCCGUUUUCAUACGCCAUCGGUGAGGAAAGUACCAAGGUUCGAGCAUCCAUUCAAGCAGCAACAAACCAAUAUAUUGCUGCUGGUCACAAUCUGCCCGCAUAUCUAGCCCAAAUCUCCUACAAGGAGCCUACUGACGUCAAUGUGAACAAUCACUCGGCCAGCGAUCCGGAUGGCCUUAACUUCUUUGAAAGACUGCAGAAAAGUCCCGAUUGCCUUGAGGCCUUUACCGGCCAUAUGGAAGCCUGGACAGCAUGGAAGACCCCCUGGACCAAAGUGUACGAUACAACUCGUCUGCUUGAAAAUGCCAAGCUGGGAGAUGGCUCCCCGCUAGUGGUUGAUGUUGGUGGAAAUACCGGAAUCGACAUCUCACACGUCCUUGCCAAGCAUCCUGACAUUCCCGCUGGGGCACUAGUUCUGCAGGACCUUCCGGAGGUUAUUGCCAAGGCACAGGUUGACGAGAAGAUCACGGCAAUGAAUCAUGACUUCUUCUUACCACAGCCUGUCAAGGGGAGCCGUGCUUACUUUAUGCACGCUGUUCUUCACGAUUGGCCAGAUGAUAAGGCCAAACAAUUGCUGGAGAAUACUAGAGAUGCAAUGGUCAAAGGCUACUCAAAGCUUUUUAUCUAUGAUAUCGUUCUUCCGCCUACUGGAGCUAGUAUUAGCCAGACCACGAUGGAUGUGGAGAUGAUGUCGUUGCUAUCCGCUUCUGAGCGUACACAAGAUGCGUGGACGAGGCUGUUGACUGAUGCUGGGUUGAAGAUUGUCAACUUUUGGCCUGAUCCUCAGGAGUAUGAGAUGAUCAUUGAAGCUGAAAUUGCGUAA